AUGGUAGCAGUGUUUAAUAAGGAGCUUUUAAGUUGGUAUCUCAUCACUCUCAAACUGAGGGAAACAGUGAAAGCUGGAAUCGCAAACUCACCUGGUUCUAUCCCUUCACGUGACCUUCAAUUGGGACCACUGCAUUGGCGACAAUCCCAUACACAGCCACCUCCGGAGCAGCAGCGGCUGACGCUGCAAGAAUCCUCCUUUUCGCAAUCGCAUUUGACAUUAAUCAAUGGUGACGACAAAAAUGUUAAAGAAGAAAGAGAAGUAACGAAUCCAAUGGAAUCAGAUUGGGCGAUCUCCAUUAGAGAAAAGCUAGAGCAAGCCCAUCAAGAUCAUGAAGCUGCCUCAUGGGCCAAGCUCUGCAUCUACCGAGUCCCACAGUACCUCCGUGUGGGCGACGAUUACGGCAAGGCCGACAAGGCCUUUGUCCCACAAAUCAUUUCCCUGGGUCCUUACCAUCACGGUCGGAAGAACCUCCGAGAUAUGGAUCGUCACAAGUGGCGUUCUCUCUAUCAGGUUCUGAAUCGAACCCAUCAAGACGUGAAUCUCUACCUCGAUUCUAUCUGGGAGGUUGAGGAGAAGGCUCAAGCCUACUACGAAGGACCAAUCUCUCUCAGUAGCAACAAAUCCAUGGAGAUGAUGGUUCUCAACGGCUGA